UGCUGGGAGUCACAGACAGGAAUUGUGACGUGGUCGUUGGUAUUGGGGCUGGAAAACGAGAGGCAGGCACUGCAAGCAAUACAAAGAUCCAGCCCAGCUUCAUGUUCAGUUCAGGGACGACAUUUGGCUGCCGUCCAGAGAGAUAACUGAGAUUGGAUGAAUGUGUUCGUGUGGUGCUUGUUAUUUUUUUCGUGUCAUACUCCGGAGCUUCAGUGGUGAAUGGACUUCAAGGUUGUACACUUCUGAAUGAACGAGCUCUUAGGAUACCUCAAGGAAACUUUUUUCUUUUCAUUUACGGGAUGUAUUUUCAAUGACACUUCUGUUUUCACUGUGAAUGUCCUCUGGAAUAUUUAACUUAAAGCUCUUCUUUGGAUUUAUCUGAUUAUUUAACUGUAUAUAUUGCUAAACUGGUCGCAACAUGGAAUGUGAAAACAUGUCACUUUAUGUAGCAGGUCUGAGUAAAAAAUCACCCAACGGAGGGAUGGCUCAGUUCCAGGAAAUGAUGCGGCAGCAGCUGGAGAGCUCCAUGCACACCGAGCUGGAGAAACUGCUGGACACCACCACAGGCGCAGAGAGAGAGGUGUCCAGGAAAGACUUUGAGGGCUUCAAGAAUCUUUAUCACAGAUUUCUGCAGGUGAAGGGGCCGUCGGUAGAGUGGAUCAAGAUCCAAAGACCUCCAGAGGACUCAAUCCAGCCCUAUGAUAAGAUUGCUGGCAGAGGCCUGCCGGACAACGUGGCUGACUGCCUGAACAAACUGGUGGUGGUGAAGCUGAACGGAGGCCUGGGCACCAGCAUGGGAUGCAAGGGCCCCAAGAGCCUGAUCAGUGUUCGCAAUGAAAACACCUUCCUGGACCUCACUGUGCAGCAGAUAGAGCACCUGAACAAGACUUACAACACAGACGUGCCGCUGGUCCUCAUGAACUCCUUCAACACAGAUGAAGACACAAAGAAGAUCCUGCAGAAGUACACACAUCACCGCGUCAAGAUACACACCUUCAACCAGAGCAGGUACCCUCGCGUCAACAAAGAGUCACUCCUCCCAGUGUCCACAAACCUGAGCAUGACUGGUCAGAGUGCAGAAGGCUGGUACCCUCCGGGUCACGGCGACAUUUACGCCAGCUUCUACAACUCGGGCCUGUUGGACCAGCUAAUCGCACAGGGCAAAGAGUACAUCUUCGUGUCAAACAUCGACAACCUGGGAGCCACCGUGGACCUGCACAUCCUGCACCACCUGGUCAGCCAGCCCAACGGCAAGCGCUGUGAGUUCAUCAUGGAGGUGACGGAUAAGACACGCGCAGACGUCAAGGGAGGUACGCUCAUCCAGUAUGAGGGAAAACUGCGUCUGCUGGAGAUCGCUCAGGUGCCCAAAGCCCACGUGGACGAAUUCAAAUCGGUUUCAAAGUUCAAGAUCUUCAACACCAACAACCUGUGGAUCUCUCUGGCUGCUAUCAAGAGGCUGCAGGAGCAGAAGGCAAUGGACCUGGAGAUCAUAGUCAACCCCAAGACUCUUGAUGGCGGUCAGAACGUCAUCCAGCUGGAGACAGCGGUCGGCGCUGCCAUCAAGUGUUUUGACAACGCCCUGGGCAUCAAUGUGCCUCGCAGCCGCUUCCUGCCCGUCAAGACCACGUCAGACCUGCUGCUGGUCAUGUCCAACCUGUACAGCCUGGACGCCGGCUCGCUCACCAUGAGCCCCAAGAGAGAGUUCCCAACCACGCCGCACGUCAAGCUGGGCAGCUCCUUCACCAAGGUUCAGGAGUACCUGACCCGCUUCGAGAGCAUCCCCGACAUGCUGGAGCUCGACCACCUGACCGUGUCUGGAGACGUCACCCUUGGGAAAAACGUUUCACUCAAGGGCACCGUCAUCAUCAUCGCCAACCACGGAGAUCGGAUUGAUAUUCCAGCUGGCUCCAUGCUGGAGAACAAAAUUGUGUCUGGCAACCUGCGCAUCAUGGACCACUGACGCCUUUUUCACACACAGAAAAAAUCCUCAUCAUGUGACCUAUUUGGCUCUUAUCCCAGUCAUGUGACCUGUUUGUCUUGUUUCAACACAUUGUGAGAGAAAGCAGCUUUUCCCCUAAAGGGUGUGUGUGAUUGCAUGUGCAGUGUAGUUUCCAUGGGUGAUGCUUGGGAGUGCUUGUAGCUGAGAAAUAUACUGCCAUCUGCAGGCAGUUUAUUAUAUAAUAUAAACCUUAAAAUAGUGUUAAAAAUAAGCCCCUUAUAGCUGUCAUAUUAAACAGACUAAUAUCCAUAAUCGCAAGAAAAAUCAAUCAGAUUUUAUUUUUUAAUUGUAGUAAUAUUGAUUCUUUCUCUGCCAAAACACAUUAAAAAUAGAUAGUAUAAUAAUAAUAAUAAUAAUAAUAAUAAUGAUGUUCUUCAUCCUCUGUGUGCUCUCACAGCACUGCUAAUGCAGUCACAUGGUGUACUAACAUAAAGAGGUAAAGUCAUGAUGUUAUGGAAGAGUUUUUCAAGCACAGACUUCACCGUGAGAGUCAACAUGGUUCCACAAUUCAGCUGUGACAAGAUUUGUUUAACUGAGAUAUAAUCGAGAUAAUGUGCAGUUAUAUUUUGUAAAUGAGUUAUACGUGAGGCUCGAGACUGUCCCAGCUCACAGGUACAUAUAAUACAUACAAACAAGCAGCCAUUUAUCCUAUAUGGCAAACUUUAUCAUCCAUACUAGAUGACUUGACAUAUAGAGAACUUGUGACUUAUACGUCA